AGGGAAGAAGUGAAGUCGAGGCAGCAAGAUGAGCAUUCAGUUGAUUUGGACUGAUUUCAUUGCCUCUCAGCUCUUGUAAAACACCUGACUUGUCUCAUCAGUUGCUCUAACCUUUGCAUCCAUCAACGCAAACCCCUGGUCUUCUUGGCAAAACCAACAAUAAAUCAACAUGAACGGCCUGCUGUGUUAUGCUGAAGUUCUGGCCAUGUUGCUGUUUAUCCCAUGGUCUGUGUGUGAAACCACAGACUCUGCAAGGCCUGAACUGAUAGUUACAAGUCAGGUUUCAAACACCUCUGCUGGCAGCAUUUCAAAUCAUCAGACAACUAUAGCUACCUCAUCACCUUCCGUGAGAAAACCUACUUUACCCCCAACUACAUGCCAGUGUGUUCAAACCAACACUGCCACCACCACCUCACCAUCGACAGUCAAUUAUCUAAAACAACAUUGUCCCAUGAUGCUAAUAAGCUGCGGCGCUCUGAUUUUAGCCUGCAGUAUCCUGCUAAUUUCUACCCUGAUGCUUGCAUGGAAGGUUUGCCAGCUUAGAAGAUGCGUCAGAACACUGGGCGGCAAAGGCACCCUUGUCAGCAACUCUGAAUACUGGAUGGGGAUGGACAAGAAAAACAAAGCCGAGUCACAUCCAGAAGCUAAAGAAAACAGUUUCUUACUGACAGAGAAUAGUCAAACAAAUCAGGAGAUUGACAACAAUACUACCAAGGAAGAUGGAGGGAAGGUCAGUGAGGAUGGACAAAAUGGAGAAGAGAAGAAGGUGGGAGAUGGCCAGGAGACCAAGGAGGCUGCUACACCUGCUGCUACUGAGGAAAGUUCACCUUCUUCAAAGCCUGAAGAGGAGGCCACCAGUUCAGAGAACACCACAGGCCCUCCACCGCUUUCCUCCUCUGAGGACACAGAGGAACCAAAGAAAGAGCCUUAGAGUUUUCUUUGUAAGUUUCCAUUUUAGCAAUCUCCUCAAUACAACGUUGCAGUCCUUUGUAAUUUUUCAGCAGCUUCUCAGUUCCUUUAAACCAAAGUGUGCAGCAUGUGAUUUUUACCCAUCACAUUUAUACUAAAAAGAAAAGUCUCUACAAUGUUUUGCUUGUAUAUUUGUGUCUUUCCAAUAUUAAAAUUUGAAAAAUUA